AUGAUUAGAACUUUUGUAGUCAAUGGUGACGGACUAGACAAAGCAGGCCACGAACAUGGUGGAUGGAAAAGUUGGAAAAGUGGCACAGGCGGUGGAAAUUGGGAUAGCUGGAAGAGUAACGAAAAACCAAUAAAUGCUAAAGCAGAAGCCUAUGCAUCCGCUUCUAUUGAUCCCUAA